GCUCCCUUCUAACUUUCUGGCUUGUCCAAGUCUAAAUAUUGACAUUGCUCCUCAGUUGAGAUGUUUGAUACUGCUGAGGAUAGAAAAGGCGCAGCUAAAAGUAGGAUCUAAUGAUAUAUUUUUACAUAGUUGUGCCUCUCUUCCACUUCCUUUUUUUUUUUUUUCUUUUUUGAGAGGGGGUUGGAGUCCCUUGUCUGCAGUAUCUCCCCUCUCCACCCCACUCCCUAUUGUUCUUCCCGAAAGCCCAGCACACAGAGACAAGGUAAGGUGUUUUGCAAGCCCCUCAUGGCAGCUCCCACUGUUGUCACAGCAACUCGCAACAGACUCCAUAGACACGGGGUUGGGGGUGGGGAGCGCCAAACUGUGGGCUGACCGACCAGUCAACUCUCAAGGGGGUGCAAGCUCUAAAGGGACGAGGGAUCCACCUUUUCGAAUCCUCCGGCUCCCCACCACUGUUCUUCGAAGGAAAAGAGCCCUCUUGCCGACGCGGCACCACCCCCUCCCUGGCGCAGCCAGCCCGCUAAGGGUGCCUGUUGUACAUUUUCUCAGCUCCAAGAAGGGGUGCGGCUGUGCGGGCGCUCCUAGAAAUCUCUUCUGCUUGUCUCUGAUGCGAGGGUUCCCGGCCUCGCCGAGAGGCGAGGGCGGCUCCCACAGCAGCUCGGUCCCACAACUCUCUGUCGGGACGCUGCUGGCCGCGUGGCGCGGCCCGGCGCCCCCCCCCCCCCACGCCACCCGCUGGGGGCCCGGGCGGUGGGGGCUCCGCGGCGGCUGCUCGAAGAGUAAGUUUCAUACCACAGCGCACUCACGACACAGAACCUACCCUGAAGCCGAGCGAGACGCGAGCUCUCUCCGCCUUCAAGGGUUGGGGGGAGCGGGGGGGUCCCCGCCACUCAGCAGCAGCCACGACUGCGCGCGGUCGCGGGUGUGCGGGACCCCUGCGCGCCGCGUGCCGCCCGCCGCCCAACUUUGCACAAAGGCAGCAUGGCACUGCCUCGCCUGUCGGGCUCGCCCAGCGCCGCGGCCGCUCUUCCCCGUCCGGGGGAGAGGGGCUCGCCCUUUCCCACCCCAGCCCUCCCCUUCUCCUCUUGCCCCCACCCCGCUCCCAGGCGGGCCAGCCGGGCGGAACCGAGCGCCCGGCCCCGAGCUCCGCCGCCGUGGCGGCUGCCGCUCGCACUGUGACGUUAGCAGCCUUCGCGGCUAUUUAUAUCCACACGAUUGGAUUUCAUUCAUGAAACCGGGGCCUGGUGUGUCUGUGCGCUGGGGCGCCGGUGGCAAAGGAGCUGACCGGCCGCGGACUCCGAGGGAGGACAUUGGCUUUUGUUUCAAAAAACGAGCCCAGCUGCUGACUAAGGACUGCGUUAGCCCAGCCUCCUCCUCUCCUGGGAAGCUGCACGUGCUGGCGGGCUCCCCCCUCUGGGUUACCUUCCUCGGGGACUUGGGGUCCCCGUAGGGGGCGUAAGCACGACGUGACUGUCCCCCCACCUGAAGAAGAAGGGGAUUUACAACCUCCUGCAAAUGGCUGAGUGAGGAAGUGAAAUUGGCUUUGGGUGUUCAUGGGUUGUCAGCAUUCUUGAAAGCCCAGGACAGUCCAUCCCUCCUGGUGAACUUUUCUCCUCGCUCUUCAAGGCUGACUGACCUCUACGGACAGGGCCAGGGGUAGUGUGUAUGCAUCCACAGAGCAAAUACUUACUGUGUGCCCACAGUAUGUUAGAUACCCUGUCCAGCUCUAAGAAAGUCACAAUGCACACAACCAGCCUUGUCCUAGGCCCUCAAGGAGCUUUCAGUUAGUCUGCUAAAAUUACUGUGCCUUAAACCUCCUCACUCCCCGCCUAUUAAAAAAAAAAAAA